GCCCUGUUCUCAUUACUUGUUUCUUAGUAUUCCCAAGCACAACCCCUCCCUCCCACCGCACGCACGCACGCACGCAUAAUUUCUAUUAUUUUACUACAUAGCUGUAUUUUAUCCACAAGCAUGUAUUUUAUCCACCGCUUGUGUCGCAGUCGAGCGCUAUGUUUAGAAUAGCUCUUGUAUGUAAAUAGUUUGUGGUCAAAUUGUACCAUCUCUCAUGUGAAGUAGGAAAGCGACUUGAUUGCACCAAACGAAGAAUCGCCGUCUGUUCUGACUAUUUAAAAGUUAAACAUCAUAACGGUUGGUGGAUAGACUAAACAGUUUGGAAGCCGUUACGCCUACGAAGCCGGAAUCUGAUUCACCACUGCAUAUGCAGGAUAUUCCAGAAUUUUAAAUAUCUUCUUAAAACUUAAGAGACUGAUUAAUUUUGUCACCAUCGUGAGAGACCAGAGAAGAUAGAAUGAAUGUAUCCACAGUUCUACUUGUCAUUAUUGGUGUGAUCGCAACAACAUAUGCAGAGGUUGUAAAUGUUGCUAGAGGCAAGACAGCGCGUAUGUCUAGUACAUACGGAUGCGUUUAUGGCAGGUUUAGGGCUUCAAAAGGUGUAGACGGAAAUACUAAUUCCAGCAUGAAAAACAGCUCAUGCUUCCAUACUAACUUUAACCCGACUAACUGGUGGUACGUCGACUUGGGCCAAACCUACACAACGGUUCAGCGAAUAGAAGUGUAUAGCAGACGAGAUUGUUGUGUUGACCGAAAUAAAAUGAUUGCAGUGAAGAUCGGUACUUCUUUGAGUAACAUGCGACAAGUGAAGUACUGGGCUGACCCGCUCCAGGAGUACGAGUAUGUCCUUCUCGAACAGAAUGAAGAAGUGCGAUAUGUUAAACUUGUACACACUGCAAACACUGCUUUUCACCUUUGUGAAGUUAAGGUUAAUGCAGGUAAGUAUUGGUGAUAGAUCGAUUCUUAUAAAUUUAAAUUUUCUCAGUAAUUUGUCCAUUUUUGUAUAGAUUAUAGCUCAUUCAUUGACCUUCAGAUAAAAUUAAUUUUUGCAGUAAAGGAGAACAGUAGCAGUUACUUAAUUCAUUAGAAGCUCCAUAAUCAUAAUUGAUCUAUAUACCAUGUAAUACUGUAGGUUAACCAUAAGCAACUCG